GCGCCUCCGCUCCCCGCCGCCGUCCCAGGGCCCCGCGCCGCCACCUCCGCCGCCACCAUGGACGCCAUCAAGAAGAAGAUGCAGAUGCUGAAGCUCGACAAGGAGAACGCCUUGGACCGAGCCGAGCAGGCCGAGGCCGACAAGAAAGCGGCGGAAGACCGGAGCAAGCAGCUGGAGGAGGACAUCGCGGCCAAGGAGAAGCUGUUGCGGGCGUCGGAGGACGAGCGGGACCGGGUGCUGGAGGACCUGCACAAGGCGGAGGACAGCCUCCUGGCCGCCGACGAGGCCGCCGCCAAGCUGGAAGAUGAGCUGGUGUCGCUGCAAAAGAAGCUCAAGGGCACCGAGGAUGAGUUGGACAAAUACUCCGAGGCUCUCAAAGAUGCCCAGGAGAAACUGGAGCUGGCGGAGAAAAAGGCCACCGAUGCCGAGGCCGACGUAGCUUCUCUGAACAGACGCAUCCAGCUGGUUGAGGAGGAGUUGGAUCGUGCCCAGGAGCGUCUGGCCACAGCUCUGCAGAAGCUGGAAGAGGCUGAGAAGGCUGCAGAUGAGAGCGAGAGAGGCAUGAAAGUCAUUGAAAGCCGAGCCCAAAAGGAUGAGGAGAAGAUGGAAAUCCAGGAGAUCCAGCUGAAAGAGGCCAAGCACAUCGCUGAAGAUGCCGACCGCAAGUAUGAAGAGGUGGCCCGUAAGCUGGUCAUCAUCGAGAGUGACCUGGAGCGCGCAGAGGAGCGGGCCGAGCUCUCGGAAGGCAAAUGUGCUGAGCUUGAAGAAGAAUUGAAAACUGUGACGAACAACUUGAAGUCACUGGAGGCUCAGGCCGAGAAGUACUCACAGAAGGAAGACAAGUACGAGGAAGAGAUCAAAGUCCUCUCUGACAAGCUGAAGGAGGCUGAGACUCGGGCUGAGUUUGCAGAGAGGUCAGUAACCAAGUUGGAGAAAAGCAUUGAUGACUUAGAAGAGAAAGUGGCCCAUGCCAAGGAGGAGAACCUUAGUAUGCAUCAGAUGCUGGAUCAGACAUUACUGGAGCUAAACAACAUGUGAAAACCUCCCUAGCCGCGGCCACACGCUUUCAUUUCCUUUCUGUUGUGUUGUUUUUAAACACCUGCUUACCGUGAAAACCCCUUCAAUGCAUUUUUUUUUUUAAUUUACUUUUACCACUGUCACUGACAACAUCUGCGAAGAGCCAGCUAGGGCAGGGGGCGGGAAAAGACACAAAAAGACAAGCCCGUGUCAGGACACUCCUGAUUCCAGUGUGCCAUUUCCCAGGUUGGCAUUGCCACGUUUUGUAGAGUUUAGCCACGCAGUCCGCUUAGUCUGUUAGGGAUCCUCACUAAGGCAGAAAGAUCCGCAGUCGGAGUGCCAACAGUAGGGCCAACGGGAAGACUGAAGUUGGGGACGAUCAGGUAUGGAUUGGUGCUACUUUAAACAAAAGGUCCCCUUGUGGUCUUUUGUUCGAUAUUGUACAAUUUAGACUUCUGUCCAACACUAAUUUAUUUUGUCUUGAGUUUUGCAAUGAGAUGAGACUCCGGGUUUCGUAUACCUGUAUUCAUUAAAGCCAAGGGUUUGAAAGCCACGCUGCUCCUAAGAACCCCCUUGCCUCUCCAACCCACACACUUGCAGCCCCUCACGACCGUGCAGGAUAGCAUUCGGUGUGGAUCUCCACUCUUUCCAGGUCUCUGUCGAAGUGAAAGAUUUAGGCACUACAUACAUCAUUGGUAAAGAAAAAAGCAUUUUCUUAAGAGUUUUAAGUAUAUGUAAACAUUGUAUAAUGACAUGGAAUAAAAUGCACAUUGUAAGACAUUUUCUAAA